UAAUCUUCUUGGAUAUACAGUAGUUAUUCAAUUUGCUGAGUGCACAGCCUUGAAAAGAUGAAGGGAGAAAACAUUCUAUUUUCCAUUCUACUCGUAUUUGAAGCUUUUUCAUCUUUAUCUGCUGCUCAGAAUGAAAAUCUACAACAGUCAUGUAACAAGACUUGCAAAUGUGAUUGCAAGGAUGGACCCAACACAAUUUGGGGAAUGGCACCAGGAUCCUCAAUGCUAGAAUGUAUGCCAGAGUGUCCUUAUCACCGAGCUCUUGGGUUUGAAUCUGGAGUUGUAACAGAAGACCAGAUAGGUUGUUCCAAUGAAGACCAAUAUACAGGAUGGUAUUCCUCAUGGAUACCAAACAAAGCAAGACUCAACAGUCAAGGUUUUGGGUGCGCAUGGCUGUCAAGGUAUCAAGAUAAUCAGCAAUGGCUUCAGAUUGACCUGAAGAUGAUCAGAGUUAUUUCUGGCAUCAUUACUCAAGGACGAUGUGAUGCUGACGAAUGGAUGACAAAGUACAGUGUUCAGUACAGAUCUGACAAAACCUUUAAUUGGGUUUACUAUAAAGACCAGACUGGAAACAAUCGGGUAUUUUAUGGGAACUCAGACAGAACAUCAUCUGUGCAGAAUUUUCUGCGCCCUCCAAUUGUUGCUCAAUACAUCAGGAUUAAGCCCUUGGGCUGGCAUGUUCGGAUCGCUAUCAGAAUGGAGCUGCUUGAAUGCAUGAAUAAAUGCCAGUCAUAAGCAUGUUAACAUCAAUUAAGGAAUAGCAUGUCCUACUGAAAAAAUGCAGGCUACUGUCAAAAGUAAUGACCUAUCUAAAAAAGUUAUCAAUGUAAUUUACACCUCAUUAUUUCUCCUUAAACUUUUAAAACAAAAUAUACUUGUAGACCUGAAAUAACAACAGGUUUAUAGCCAGUAUAGGGAUGUGUUUAUUAGUCCUUUGAAACGUGCUGAAAAGCUGCCUGAAGGUACAUUUCUGCGGGUACUGAGCAAUCAAAUUUUUUCCAGCCCCACAGAAUCACGUUGGAUAUAAUCCAGAAAUGACUGGAUGCUCAUUUAUCACUGUCCAUAGUGGCCUGAAUUGGCUCCAUCUUCCAAAACGCUGAAUUCAAGAUCCUUUCUACAAAUCCCCUGUGGCCUCAACUCACGAUACCUCUGCAACUUAACAGCGUCAACCCAUAGGAUUGUCCACUUCCUGAAAUUUUCGUCCAU